UGCUGUGUUUGAAAAAUCAAAUGGCCGUUGUUUCUUGAGAGUCGCGAUACCGUUCUACUUUUGUCGAGGGAGUAGGUGAAGAAGAAUAAGAAAAUAAAAAAUAGCCACUUAAAUUGGAAUAUCCUGUGGAUAUCAUAGAAAAAGAAUAUUUUUUACAUUAUCUAAUAUUGUAAAAAAAAUAUAAAAAGAGAGAUGUCAAAACGUACACAAGAACCAGUGGAUCAGUGGCUGGCAAAAGAGGGUUACUUCAGGAAACCUACUCCUAGAGACCCGACCUGUUUGUUUAGGGCAGUCAGCGAACAAGUGUACCAUACACAACAUUAUCAUUUAAGAGUAAGAAAGGAAUGUAUAGAAUUUAUGAAAAAGAAGAGACACUUGUUCAUUGAUUCUGUAUCAACGCCAUUUGAUUAUUAUCUGAAUGAAAUGCAAUGUUUUACGGAGUGGGGAGGUUCGAGUGAAAUUCAUGCCAUGUCUUUGCUGUAUAAGAGAGACAUAAUCAUAUUCGUUGGAGAGAAGCAGAUAUGCGAAAACGUUACUAAUAACGGCUUUAAAAAAGGCGUUAUAUUGCUUUGUCAUACAGAGCCAAAACAAUAUGAGCCUGUUUACCCGAUGGCUUUUGUACAAUCAGCUGCAUACUGCCAAUCUAUUGUUUAUGAAGUUGUAUAUAGGUAUAUGUAUCAAAUACCUAACAUAAGAACUGUUGCGGAUAGAAUGCUACAUAAUCGAACUCCUGUACUUAGACAUGACAAAUUUUUCCAGAAGGGAAAUCUUGAUAUUAGGGAGCAAUUGAUUGAAGAUUUAUACAAAAAGGUAAAAAAUGAACAUAGUGACGUGGACGAAGCGCAAUCUGAUUGGAAAGGAGCACCUAUUCCUUAUAAAGUUGCAAAAGCACUGGCUCCCGAUUAUUAUCGUAAUAUAGAAUUAGAUAUAUGGCAUGAAUUGAAACGAGAGGUAAAAUCUGCAGGCUGGAACAGGUACAACAGUAAUGAACUACAAGUCGGUGGCAAAUGUCUGAUAGAGAUUAGCAUAAACGAUCUACAACAAUGUGACAGAAAUAACAAUAAGAAUGUACGGGUUAAUUUACCAGAAUGUAGUACUAGCGAAACUAACAAUAAAAUUGAGCAACAAAAAUUGAAGCAGGGGCCUCUUUGGCUUCAUGGUUAUAUACAAGAAAUGAAUACAGAGAAGGAGCCAGUUCUAGUUUUUAUUAAAGACCUAGGAGAAAAAAAAUUUGUUCCAUAUGAUGCUCUAAAGCCAUUACCUUUAAUAAGAAAAAAUAGACAAAAAAAUUGGGUACCAGUUAAUAGAAAUCAUUCAGUUACUGUGGAUUCAAAUCGACGAUGGAAAAAACCAUAUAAUUCUUUCUCACGAAAGAGAAAAGACACCAUAGUCAUAACAAAUGAAAAAUCAAAUAAUAUAAAUAAAAAUAUAUCAAUAAAUAACGUUGAUGAUAAUGACAUUGAUGUUAAUAUCAACGUUACUAAAAAUGGCUUUGACGAACGUCAUGAUGAACUUCCUAGAACAAAUCAAAACUUCGCAUUACAAAAUCAUUCUACAGAAGAUUCUUCUAUUCAUGCAACAAAUGAAGAGGCUAACAAUUUACCUGUAACAACUACAUUCGACAAUUCACAGUCCACAGUGUCAAACAGCGUAACGCAGGAAAUGACGGAAGAAUAUAAAAAAUCGCAUACAGUAUUUAAGAGAGUGAACAAUACUGUAAGGAAGAUUGACAAAUCCAAUAAUCUUCAGAAAUCUUCCAAACCAAAAGUAUUAAAUGAAAAUUAUUAUUCAUCUUAUAAUGAUAACUCACAACAAACAAAUAUCUAUGACAACCCAAAUAUAUCUUACGUUCCUUUAAAUAACGGUAAUGCAUAUCCCUGUUAUCCAUAUGUACCAGGAAAUUUUUCGAUAACUGGGGAACAUAACCCCAGUCAAAUAGAUCAUUCAUUGACAUCGAAUGUCUUUUAUAAUUUACAUCUGUUGCAUCUGGAGGACACUUUCCGUACUGUAAAUCCAACGUAUUACGGACCGAUAAUGUAUGGAUCGAAUCAUCAAGGCAUGCAAUCUUUAGGCGCAUCGUCAAAUGCUGUGAACAGUGGCCCAUACAUGCAAUAUAUGCAAGAAGAAGUAGAUCGUCUUGUUAACGACAUGCAAAAUUGUUCGUUAAAUGAUAGACCAAAUAUCAGUGCUGAGAUUCCCAAUACUUCGCAUGUGAACACGAAUUGUGUGCAAAGUAUAAAUCAGGCAAAGCAAGGACCAAGAAAUUCGAGCGGAAAAGACUCACAUUACAUUCAACAAAAAGGAAAGCAAACUGGAACUGUUAAAGGCAAUAAGAUACGAAAUCGCCAGCAAAAUGCUCGCGGAUCAGCGCACAUGCAAUACUCGGGUCAUCAAUAUGGCGUGACAAUACCGAGUGGUUCUGUAAAUCCGUACAAUGCACAAAGGCACGAUAUGCAUAUAUCACAUAUGCAAUCGCAGCAACAUCAUUGGGAUCCGAUGUCGCAUCAAAUAGCACCUAUGGUAGCUGGUCCAACAAACGGUUAUGCACCGCAGUAUACCGCAUCAAACCAAAUAAUCCCGUAUCAUGAACUUCCAUCACACUACACGGGCGAAAGUAAUUCGGGGAAUCCUUCAUACUAUUUGGGAAACGGCAACUACUUACCCGUAUCGUACUUACCACCUCAGCACGUCGACGCAUCUGAAAACGGAGCUGUACCUCCGUCGUACCCACAGCAUUUUUAUUCAACGACUGAAGCUUAUCCACCAGGCCACUCAUCAAUAAACGGCCAACCAAUAAUAUACUCGCAGCCGAUGAUGUAUCCGCAGUCGGUGCAAUAUCAUGCUGUACCGUCACCAUCGCAACACAUGCAAGAACAAUGGAAUCCGACCUUGGGACCGCAAUCUUCCUAUGUUGCUCCAUGCAUUGCUCCAAAUCCAAGUCCAGCACCGAUCGUAGAAUCGUCCCCUAACGGACAAUGUACCGUUCCAAAAGGUUCGCUUUAGAUAUCAUAUAUUUUGAAAAUUGAUAAUUAAGAUUAAAUUUCUAUUGCAAUAAUAAUUAAAAAGUCUAUAAUAUGGUAGUAUUAAUAUGAUAUAAAAUAAUAUUAGUGUUGUAAUAUCAACGU